UUUUUCUUCUCAUGUUUGGAGGAAGUGCGCGUAGCAUGCACAGCACCACCGGAUCCGUACGUACGUACGCUUCUUUGCUGAAAUGAAGUGACUCAUCAUCGUGCAUUAUAUCCUGUAUAGUCUCUAAAAGUGUCGCCUAAAUCUUCCCAUUCGUUUGACGAACUCUCUGAAAUCAACAUGGCAGGGAGCGGAGCUGCAAAAUGUGGAUUUAUUCUCCUGGAUGCCCUGGCAUUGGUGCUCGUUGCAGUACCGGCAAUAUUGUUCCGUAUUCCGGGGCUAAAAUUGCCCAUUUACCAGCGAGGCUUCUUCUGCGGUGACGAGAGCCUGUCGUAUCCCUACAAAGAUUCUACGGUGUCGUCAGCACUGUUGUAUUCGGUGGGAGUGGGACUUCCCCUUAUUCUGAUUCUACUUACAGAGGUGACCAUCUUUGCCUAUCGGCGUCGCCAGGACACCGAGUAUCUCCCGCCGGGCAGCUUCAACCGCUGCUGCUGCGAUGUGGUCAUCCCGCCACUCCUCUACCAGCUCCUUAAGUACGCUGCCCAGUUCUUCUUUGGCUUCUUUGUGACGUUGGCUGUCUACGACAUCUCCAAGAACGUGAUCGGCCGGCUCAGGCCCCACUUCUUCGACAUCUGCCAGCCCAACUUUGAGGGCUUCAACUGCACGGAAGGGGGACGACCCGUGUACGUGGAAGAUUACGAGUGCCUGGGAGACAAUGAACACAGGAUUGAAGAAUCACAUCGUUCCUUUCCAUCUGGCCACGCGGCAACCUCUGUCUAUUGCAUGCUGUAUCUGACGCUGUAUCUCCAGUCACGUUGGAAGUGGGGCGACACAGCCUUUCUGCGACCCCUGAUGCAGUUCAUUGCCCUCCUGCUGGCUCUCUACACCUGCCUAAGUCGCAUCUCUGACUACAAGCACCACUGGAGUGAUGUGCUAGGGGGCGCUGUCAUAGGUGCAAUCAUCGCAGUGCUCGUGUAUUUUGGUGUCAACCCCCAAAAGAAAGAGCGUCGGAGCAACGGACCUCUACCGAAACCGCAACAUAGGAACAUCCAGUCACCACAAUUCCGAAAUGGUCUUCAUGGAAAUGAACCCACGUUCGACUCGUAACAAGAACGACGGCUACCUCUGAGGCACGACGCCGUUGCCUAGUGAUCAACUGGAGAAGAGAUUGGAGUAUAUUUGUACCCUUUUUUGGUGGUAGUGGUGGGGGGAGGGAAUAAGGCAAGCCUUCAGCAGUGGCUUGACACUGUGUACUUUCUUGGGGUUUGGGGCUGUAAACUAUGCCCUUGAAUGGCUUAGCAUCCGAAUUAGCAUGAGGCCACUGUGAGCGACUUGAAAUGCCAAAAAGUCACGCUAAUAUGGAUUAAAGGAUUUUACUACUUACAAAAUAAAAAAAAAAAAGCCCAGUCUUAAUGAAUUACAAAGAUAACAUUUCACAGAGCUUUCAAGCAGGCAACGUGGGCCGAGUUUUUGGAUGGUCUCUUUGUGACAUGAGUUCCCUACUCAUUGGCCAGAACAGGCAACGUUGGAACUCUUUGGCCAUACUAGUAAGUAUCAACUGUAGAACAAAUAUACACAGUGCACAGCACAUGUCCCUGUGGGAUUUGCCAGACUAUGGUGCUGGAUCUCAACCACACAAAUGAUUUGGUGCCCACUUUUGUUUUCAAAGAGUGUAUGAGCCAAAGUCUUAUUUGCACUGUUAUUGAAAACAAAAAUUUCGUCAAAGCCCAAUGCUGUCUCAGAGGCUCUGUGAUUUCCAUACAGGCCCCAUGCUCUUUGAAAUCAAAGGUCGGGGGCAGGCUUGAACAGGGGAACAAACAGGAUAAAAGCAGUUCCUGAGUCACAGGACCCACGUGCCGUUCCACAUUUGUGGAUGUGGCAUAAGAGCCUUCCUUUUUUUUUCUGCGAUGUGCAGUUUCUAUUGCCAUUACAACUCAACUUGUACAUGCGUUCGCAAAGGAAAGUCUUACCCUGCACGUCGCUGUCGGCCCAAUUUUGUUAAUGUUUUCAAGGCCUGGGAUUAGUUUGGAUUCUGGAUACACACUCAGGAAGGAAUCCUAAUUUUUCCCCAAGGUCUGGUGGAGGCUUUUUUUGGUUUUAUUUAUACGUCAUGUAUUUCCACAUUUGUUGGAAUAUAGUAUUAACUGUGUAUAUCUAUGCCUGAAAGGAAGAAAAAAACAAAACGGAAUGCAUGUACAAUUCAUUAGAGUUAUCGCUAUUUUAAGUAUUUUAGCUCUGUUUAAUAUUUUUAGGAAUGCUUAUCACCAACUUCAGAAAAUGCUCGCUUUGAGGGCUGUUGAGUUAUGGAUGCGUUAGUUGGCAAUUUAAUCGUAUUGUAAAAUCAUAUUUUAUGUGUAUUUGCUUGACAAUUUUGAAACGUUUCUGUUCAAAAGAUUUAAUGGUUGGUAUUUUAAUGGCAACCCAACCUGGGAUGGGCCAACUGCCAGUUAAGGGGACUAAACUCAAAUUUACCUAAUACAUGUUUAGUUGGAAAGAGUUCCAUAUACGGAUGCCAGUAAUUAUUCCCUACGGUGACUUAAUAGCCAUCAGAAAGCAAAAAUACAUCCAGAGAAGUUCAGUUUAGGAGGGACAGUACCGAGUUGUUUACUCAGAAAAUACUCAGAACUUUUCAGACCAGUCUCAAGGGUUUAUGCAAUGGGUGUCAAGCGGCGUCCGCAUACGGAACUCUCUCCGUAUAUUUCAUGAUUAUAACUCACCAAAAAAAAUAAAGGGCAAAAUCUAUAUACAGUUUCAAACAAUUAGAAUUCACCAAACAUGAUUAAUCCACAGGGAGAGCAGGGUACAUGUAGUUCUAAUAAUAGCCAUGUAAAUGCAAAGAAAAAUAGUUACUGACACAGCAGAGAAUGUGCCAAUAAUAGCCAUGUAAAUGCAAAGAAAAAUAGUUACUGACACAGCAGAGAAUGUGCCCGUGGAAAGGGGCUGACUACGGUCAAACAAUAUUGCAGUCGGGUCUGCAGGGUUGUCGCUACAUUGGCCAGCACCGGUCGGUGCUAGCCACCACUCAACAUUACCUGCCAGCACUGGGAAUGGAAAUGAAGCUUGCCAGCCAGCACAGAUCACAAUGUAUAUUAAUUAUGACAGUUUUUUACCAUUGGGAGAGAAAAUGGGCUCUCAUUGUUUUUUAAAUUUUCACAAACAGCCAGCACUAAACAAAAAUCCUAGCUACAACCCUUCAAGUUGUGGUAGCAAAAUGAAGGAAAGGUAAAAAGAGUAUUAAAGUUGGAAUAUACUCACAUUAAGACUGCUCAAGCCGGUGAACCCUUCCAGAAAAAUGCUGCCGGUGGGUGGUGGUGAUGCUAAGUAACAAAUGUAAUACAUUGCAGCAAACCAAGGCAAACUCUCUAAACAUAGAGAACAAAAUCACACCACCACUAUGUCCCAGUCAUAAGUCCAUGCCCUACUGGCCUAACAGGCAGCUUUUUUAGGCCUGGUUACUAUAAUUUAAGAGGAAUGCUAAGCAGGACUAGACAUGUUUAAGGAAUUCACAGAACUCCUUAAUGAGCUAAAGAAACAGUGCAUGUCUCAAAGGCACAGAGCCAGGGAAAAGCUCCACUGUGAAGAGUGAGGAACAAAGGUACAUGAACAAUAGAUGCUACACAGUACUGGGUCAAGACACCAAUCCAACUUAAAGGUGCAAUUGCAUGGCUUUAAAAAAGGAGCAACUGACUCCAGUUUUGAUACAUUAUAAAUAGAAUUUAUCGAGCUGCUUGCAUCUGGUUGAUUUUAUCUCUUUAUGAUCAGGAAAGCAGGUCAGAGUGAUGUACACUUGACUUGACAGACUCCAUCUCAGAAUUUGGGGGCCACACUUGCCCAUACUUGUCAGGUUAUUGUCUUAUUAUUGAUGCACUUUUAGAACUUUUGAUGAACUUUUUAACACCAAAGUCAAGUUUUGCCUGAUAACUCCUAAACACUGUGCACUAUUUUGUCAAAUCAAACACAAUGUUGGAACUACAGUUUGUCAACUUUUUUCCCCUGAAACAAGGACAGAUGCCUCAGAGGCGUUUUAGUGUGGCACAGGGGCCUUUCUACUGUCUACCCCCACCAUUGACAGUAAUAUUUUACUCCUGUGUGAUGUUAACCUCAGGUUUCCUCUUCAGUCACGGGGUGGGAGACAGGAUAUGCCAAGUUUCCUCCUUUUUUUUUGACGAUCAGUGCUGUGGUUUAGACCUGUUCCAGGUGAGCGCCAUUUCAAAAUGUCAAGAAAACGUCAAACAGCUGCCCCUACCCCACAGCCUUGCUGUUUAUAAAGGGCUUCUUGUCCUCCUUUUCAGCAACAACAAAUUGAAAAGGCUCUUUAUGUCCUCUUUUCAAGAAUUUAACAAAGGGCUUACCUAGGUAGAACAAAAUAUGCUACCCUCAAUUAAAGAUGUUGCUGUGCAUAAGGCUAGCAAAGCCUGGCGUGGUUUUUUUCUACGAUAAAGUCCCUGUGUAUACCAGAUAUCAUCUCUGGUUUCAGACUGUGUCUUUUUUUGUCAAAAUCCAGGUCUGCUUCUGGGAAGAAAGUCUCCUGUUGCUGUCCCUUGUUGAGCAAAACACCUCACAAGAAAUGAUUCUCAUUUUGUGCAUGGUCUGACAACUAACUGGUGCAUUGAUACUACUUUAAAAUAAUGUUCAAGCUUUGAGGCAGUGAAAUGGACUGAAAUGGUUACAUUUUAGUAUUUUGUACAAAUUGUUAAACUACCAAUUUUUACAGAGGAAAAAGCAACUGUUGUACACUGUCCAUGCUUUCUGAAUUGAAAUUUUGUGCAUUAUGCCGUGCUUUUGUGCACCAGAAAAAUCACCUGUAUAUUUUUAAACUGCACUUGAAUGAAACAGCAUGUACAUGUACAUUUUAUAAGCAUGUAAUUAGUGUAUACACACAGUUUUUGAAACCAUGUUGAAUGGUUGAGAUUGAUAUAUGAAUGUGCCUGAUAAUUGUGUAGAAUGUAAAUUGUGUUCCAUACAUAAAUCUAUAUUAUACUUAGGAAGUGUACACACUGAAACUAUUUGAAGUCAUAUAUGUCAGAUUGUUCAUUAAAUCAUCUUAUCCAUUGCA